AUGGGUUGUAAAACUUCGAAAGCAACCAUCUACAGUGUCAAAGAUCGGCGGUAGUACUUAAUAAUCAAUAAUUAGUAAAGAAUUUUCGAAUUUAAAAACGAAAAGCUGUUGAUGAUGAUUCCAAUUCAGAUAGGUAUAUACUUAAUUAGACAAAAAUAACCAUUAGUAUCUGAAUACGAUUGUGAGGUCUCCUCGUUAUAGCAGAAUUAGAUUAAACCAGGAGGUAUAAUAGUAUUCACAAAGGAACCAUACCUUAAAUAGACUCAUUCUAAAAAGGAAAACAAUAAUAAAUAAGACUAAUCUUCAUCAUAUUUAGAGGAGCCGAAGAAUGUCCUAAAAAAAAUAUUCGACAAAACAAAAGAGCAAGAAUUCAUUUAAAAUACCUUUUUCUAAUACACGAAUUUGGAGUAAACUACAGUUACGAACAAUAAUUUGAACACUUAAACGAGGAAACAAGAUUCAUACUUGGAGAAAUCAAUAUACGAAAGUGAUGAUAAUAUCUAAAGCAGUUAUCGACCAGCCAAUCUUAAGAAUCUUCAAAGAAAUUAUUCUCCAUUAUCUUAAAGAGUCAGUCACGAAAAUUUAUAAAUGAAUGUCUAGCCAGAAAGACAAUUCACUGUCAAAGAUUCAAAGAAAUAGUCUGUAAUAAAAAGUGAGAGUGAGUAAAGUCUAGAUAAAGACUCAUCAAAGUCAAUUCAAUCUGAGGACAAUUAAUCCUAAACACUCCCUAAAAUAUAGAUAAAUCCUAACCCUCCUUAAUUCUAGGAGUUUUAAGAAGAUCCGAAACCCCGAAUUUCCAGAAUUUAAAGACUUAGUAAGAAGUUAGAACACCACAAUAUAGCUUGUUUACCAGCUAUUAAUAGAUCAUCUUAUUAAGGACAGCAAGAAGCUUAAGUUUAGCCAUUAAUAAGAAUAACACAAAUUAUUGAAUUAAGUCAAUCUUAAUAAAAUCCUUAGAUACUUUUGCAUUCUUAAAAUUCAGUUAACUUAGUCCAAAAUAGUGUACUGAACAGCCAAAAUAUUCUUCAUCCACUUAGAGGAUCUUAGUUGAGUGAUAACUAGAGUCCAAAUAAAGCAAGGACAAUGAGACCUUGA